CCCUCUUCUUUCCUCACUCUCUCGUCAACACUGGUGGCAGAAGAUGAUACUACAGUCAGUGUAAAACUGAAGUUUUCUCUGGAGGCAUCAGUGUGUGUCUCUCAGUUCCACGUAAUCAUUGAUGGACUUGUCAACAUCUCUUUCAAUGUCACCAGCUCUGACAGAGAGAGAGGAGAAGUCACCUAUGACCUCUCUCCAUACGUAUCUCCAGAGGAUGUCUGUGAUGUUGGAGCAGUGGUCUAUGGUAGCAAUGAUAUUGGAGAUAGUACACCAAUCGUAAUACCCCUUGGAGGUACAUACACACUAUCUUAUGUACACCAACCAUGUUGUUCUAUAAGGCCUUUUAUAGCUACCACAGUCCUUGCUGUGAUAGUGACAGCAGUACUGCUACUCCCUGUACUAGUCUUAUAUAUCACCAGGAAGUGUAAGUACAGAGGUAAAGGCGGUAAGGUUACAGAAGAUGUCUCACUGCAGACAAAUGAGGCCUACUGUACAGUAACUACUGGAGUUCCAAUGAAGAGAAAUGAGGCAUAUGAGACUGUGCUGAGACCAGAAACUGACACUCUAUCUCCAGUGUAUGAUAUUGUACACUAACAGUAAAGUUGAAAGAAAACGCGACAGCUCUGCAAAACACGAUUAUGUGACAUAUUUUCUUCAAAAUGUUAUGAAAAUA